AUGUCUAUAAUUAAUGAUGAACAAAUAUGCCUUAAAGGUGAUAAAGAAAAUGAAGAUAUUUAUGCUAAUAUUAUGCAGAAUUCUGGUUGUCAAGGGAAAAUAUCUGUUUGGAAAAUGGAGUUUGACUCAGAAGAGCAUGCUUACCAACGGUAUAAUGAAUAUGCUAAAGAAGUUGGAUUUAGCAUUCGAAAGCAAUGGAAAAAUGAGGAUAGAUUUAGUGGAGUAAUAUCAAGUAGAAGAUUUGUCUUUAAUGGAAAAUAUCGGGUCAUUGAUUUUGAAUCAAAUCACAAUCAUGAGUUAGUGGAUAAGUCAUGUGUACACAUGUUACCUUCUCAAAGAAUUAUUACUGAUGUUCAAGCUAUUGAAAUUAAGUUGGCAGAUAAUUCAGGUAUACCACCUAAACUGGCACAUGAAUUGAUGAGUCGUCAAGUUGGUGGUAGAGAAAAUCUUGGUUUUGCUAAGCAAGAUCAUAAGAAUUAUUUGAGGACUAAGAGGAAAAGAGAUUUGCAGCAAGGUGAAGUCGGGGGUCUUUUGAAUUAUUUUCUUAGUCAAGUAUCAGAAAAUCCAUCAUUCUUUUUUCGAGUUCAAUUGGAUGUUGAAGACCAGAUCACUAACAUAUUUAGGGCUGACGCUAAAAUGAUUUUCGACUAUGGUAUAUAUGGUGAUGUGGUAUUCUUUGACACAACUUACCAGACCAUUAAAGAGUGUCGACCUUUUGGAGCAUUUGUUGGAGUAAAUCAUCAUUAUCAGCUAGUCGUAUUUGGGGCCUCUUUGUUAUAUGAUGAAACUAGUCAGUCAUUUGAAUGGCUAUUUCAUACAUUUUUUGAGUGUAUGUCCGGUAAAAAGCCAAAGACAAUAUUUACUGAUCAAGAUCCUGCAAUGGCAAAGGCAAUAUCUUUAGUGAUGCUAGAGACUUAUCAUAGAUUGUGCUUAUGGCAUAUUUAUCAAAAUGCUCUUAAAAAUCUUAAUCAUCUAUUUAAGAGCCAAAAAACCUUCAAUGCUGAUUUUAGAAGUUGCAUAUAUGAUGGUGAGUAUGAAGAGGAGUUCAUUAGUGCUUGGGAGAAUAUGUUGGAAAAAUAUGAUCUUCAAGAAAAUGAAUGGUUGCAAGAUCUAUUUAAAGUGCAAAAAAAGUGGGCUAUGGUGUAUGGGAGAAAUACCUUUUCUGCAGGUAAGAAAAGUACACAGCUUAGUGAGAGUUUCAACUCUCUUUUAAAAGAUUAUUUGAAGUCUGAUUUGGACAUAGUACAAUUUUUCAAACAUUUUCAAAGGGCUGUUGAUGAUGUCCGUUAUAAUGAAGUUUGUGCAAACUAUGACAUGAGCCAAAAAAUUCCCACUUUGAAGGUUAAUGUUCCUUUGUUGAGACAUGCCAGAGAUAUCUACACAGGAGCUGUUUUUACUAUGUUCCAAGAUGAGUUCGAAAACCAUAUUUUGAAAGUACUCAAUGAGAUGAAGAUUAAGUUGAUGAUCCCUGAACAAUUCAUAUUGAAGAGAUGGACCAAGAAUGCAAGGGUUGGAACUGUUUUGGAUAUUCAUGAGUGUGAGGUACAAAGUGACCUUAAGCUAGAAAUGUGA